GCCGCCGCCACUGAGCUGCGAGUGCGCCUGCGCGCGGGUCGGGCGCCGGGGUUCUUGACUGUGCCGCGCGGGGCGCUGGGUGUAGCCAUGCAGAGUGCCGACUCUCAGAAGCCCCCCAAGCGGCUCCGGCGCGAUGAUAGCCCGAGAACCCCGCCAAACACCCCUCCCGCAGACACAGAGAGGUCCCCGAGCCCCGACCUUCACCCCGACCACCGGACCUGGGGCCCGGAGCAGGUGUGCUCCUUCCUAAGGGACUGUGGCUUCAGCGAUUCUGGACUGCUGGAACGCUGCCGAGAGAAGAAAAUCACAGGUUCAAUACUGCCCUUUCUUGAUGAGUCUCUUCUUGAAGACCUUGGAAUAAGUUCCUAUGGGAAGAGAAUAAAGCUGCUUAAUAAUAUCCAACAACUGGAUCAAACUCAUGUUUAUACAAUGAAGGUGAUUAAUGAUCCUAUCCAUGGUCACAUUGAAUUUCACCCUCUUCUCAUCCAAAUCAUCGACACACCUCAAUUUCAGCGCCUGCGAUAUAUUAAGCAGUUGGGAGGCGGUUACUAUGUUUUUCCAGGAGCUUCACACAAUCGAUUUGAGCAUAGUCUAGGCGUAGGGUAUCUAGCAGGACGUCUAGUUCGUGAACUGAGUGAAAGACAACCAGAGCUGCAGAUAAGUGAACGAGAUAUGCUCUGUGUUCAGAUCGCUGGUCUUUGUCAUGAUCUCGGUCAUGGGCCAUUUUCUCAUAUGUUCGAUGGAAGAUUUAUUCCACUUGCUCGCCCAGAUGUGAAAUGGACGCAUGAACAGGGCUCGGUUAUGAUGUUUGAGCACCUAGUUAAUUCUAACGGACUCAGAGAUGUCAUGGAACACUAUGGUCUCAUCCCUGAAGAAGAUAUUUGGUUUAUCAAGGAACAAAUUACAGGACCACCUGAAUCACCCAUCAAAAAUUCUUCAAAGUGGCUGUAUAAAGGGCGUCCUAAAGAAAAAAGCUUCCUUUAUGAGAUAGUGGCCAAUAAAAGAAAUGGCAUUGAUGUGGACAAAUGGGAUUAUUUUGCCAGGGACUGCCAUCAUCUUGGAAUCCAAAAUAAUUUUGAUUACAAGCGCUUUAUUAAGUUUGCCCGUGUCUGUGAGGUAGAUGAUAGGAAGCACAUUUGUACUAGAGAAAAGGAGGUUGGAAACCUGUAUGACAUGUUCCACACACGCAACUCUUUGCAUCGCAGAGCUUAUCAACACAAAGUUGGCAACAUCAUUGAUACAAUGAUUACAGAUGCCUUCCUCAAAGCAGACCCUUACAUAGAGAUAACAGGUUCUGAAGGAAAAAAGUAUCACAUUUCUACAGCAAUUGAUGACAUGGAAGCCUUCACUAAGCUAACAGAUAACAUUUUUCUGGAGAUUUUAUACUCUGCUGAUCCCAAAUUGGAUGCUGCACGAGCGAUUUUAAAGAAAAUUGAAUGCCGUAAUCUAUACAAGUUUGUGGGUGAGACUCAGCCUUUGGGACAAAUAAAGAUUAAAAGGGAAAACUACGAAAGCCUUCCGAAAGGGGUCGCCAGUGCUAAACCCAGUGACAUGGUGCUAGAACCUGAACUGAAGGCUGAAGAUUUCAUAGUGGAUGUUAUCAACAUGGAUUAUGGGAUGGAAGACAAGAAUCCUAUUGAUCAUGUUCGCUUCUAUUGUAAGAGUGAGCCCAGCCAGGCAAUCAUGAUUACUAAAAAUCAGGUUUCACAGUUUUUGCCAGAGGUAUUUGCUGAGCAGCUGAUUCGAGUUUAUUGUAAGAAGACGGAUAAAAGGAGUCUGCAUGCUGCACAACAGCAUUUCGUUCACUGGUGUUUAAUCAAUAACUUCACCAAGCCACAGGAUGGUGAUAUUGUAGCCCCACUUAUAACACCUCGAAAAUUGGAGUGGAAUUACACAGAUUCAGCCCAGGGUCCAGCUCACACCCGAGAAGCAUCCAAAUUCAGAGUCAAGCUUUUUCCAGAUGACUCAGUGUGAAUGUCUGCAAUCAGUUGUUUACAAAAAGCCUCUCCGUCCUCCCCCCAGCACAAUUAAUUUAGGGAAUUUGAUUACAGAGUUCUACAAAUGUAUUGACAACUAGUGCUUUUUAUUUUAUAUUUUGAAUGUACGCACAUGCUAAGUCAUUUUUAUUUAGAGGAACAGGUAUUAGGCAAACUUUAUUACAUGAGCUAUGGAAAGCACUGCCUUGCCUAUUUUUAAUACUAAUCAAAGCCUUUCUUCUUUAGUAGCCUGUUUUCUUAGAAUAACCACUCUUUUAUGUACUUUGAACUCUUAGGACGUAUGAUUGUUUUUUUAAAAAUUUGGAAAUCAGACAAAGGUGCACACUGGAAUUUGCAUUUGGGAUUCUCACGAACAGCCACAGUUAAAAGCAAAAUGUAAAAUCCUGCGCCCCCGAGGAGAUGCCCAUCACCCCAAAUUUGAAGAGAGCUCUCCUUGAGUGGCUGGAACAUUAGUGAAAGGCACCUACCCUCACCCUUUUAGCCCCCUGUAAGCUGCCAUGUGGGAUCAACAGUAGUUGAGGGCCAGGAGGGGCUCCAGCGUUUUGAUGACAGGCCUGAUUGAUUUGCUGAAAAGAUCUGAGGGCUCUGGCCUCCUCUGAAGUGGGGCAUAAGGCUACCUUAUAGGAGACCCCUAGCCCCAGUGGCAGAGGGAUCCCCCAAACCAAGCUGUUCUCUGGGUCAGCUGUAGCUCUAGCCCGUGUUGGUUUCUUUCUCUCCUGAGCGCUCACUGCCCAAGCCCUGAGGGUUCUACCAUUGCCCAGCCUGGAGAAGGCAGCUUCCCUCCCACCUGCUCUCUGCAUCUUGCUUGGGUGCUGAUCAGAAGUCAUGACAGGAACCAUCCAUCCUCAGGGCUCCUCAGAGCUGGGACUUCAUUUUUGCUGGUAGCUGCCCGUGCAGAGAUGAAGUGAUUGCCCAGUGAACUCCAGGUUCCCCUCUGUGUCUCUACACCACUGUGGUUGAGCAGCGCUCCUGAACUGAGGGCUCUCCUCCCAUACGCACAUCCCCAGUGCUACAGAAGUUCACUAAGAGCAAAGUCUGGAGUUAGAGCCAAAGCUGGUGGCUGCCGGAGGCAGGGCAGCGGGGAGUGUAGUCAUGAGCCCCUAACAUCUCGUGCUUCGACACUCCCUUACAAAAGCCUGACACUCCCUGGCAGGCUGGGCCUGGAGAGCCAUCCCUGGCCCUGGGCAAGAGCAAGAGGGAGUGGGGAGGAACUCAGACCACAGGCCAGCGGAUUAUCCACAGGGCCUUAGGAGUGCUGCACCAUCCACUGUGUAACCAGGCUCUCUGCUGUAGACUCUAGGGUGACAGGUAUUUGGAAUGUCUGCCGUUGUGCACUAUCACCCCUACCCCAUCCCUCAGUAGAUAAUCAAGAGUUGACCCUAAUUCAUAGAGUAGUUAGAUCCCUUCUCCUCUCCCACCACGGUGCUGUGUGGUGGGGAUGUGGUCACACACGGGCUCAUAGAAGCACAAGGAAAGUGGUCCGUGGUACUGGGUCAUGUCCAUUUUAACCAAGGUGCCUCUGAAAUGUUCAGUAGGGAGAAGCAUCCGUCCCAGACUUCAUGUGCCCGGACCCAAGGUCAAGAAUGUAAUGUUUCUCUGCCAAGAUUGUUUUAUUUUUGCACCUCCUACUUUAAAUCAUUGUUUUACUCUGCAAUUUUGUGGUCUCAGUAUUGUAGUAUCAUUGUGCUCUCUGAGAAACAACUUGAAUCUAUUUUGUUUGCAUCUUUUGUUACAUACCAGGCAGCUGCACUUUAUGUUCUUUGCAACUGUUUUAAUUAUGGGAACCAUGUGCCACUGACAAGGUUAACUUUUUCUUAAGAAACAUCUUCACUAUUUGUAUAAAAACGGAGACUUUAACAGCUUGGCCUCUAGAGUUACUGAGCAUUGUCACAUUGAGAAUGUAAAUAGAACUGCAAGUUCAAGUGACUGGUUAUUUCAUCUGGGUGAGGGAAACAGCUGCAAUAAAACCUCAUGAAUGUA